AAUUAUUAAAGAACCCACAGGGUUAGUCAGUUGCACAUAAAGUAUAAAAGAAUUGCAACAAAGUGCUAGAAUCAAUAUUAGUAAAAAUGAAAGUGUUGUGGUUGUUAGCUCUUGGCUGUUUAGCGGUUUCCGCUUCUGUUUUUGAUGAGGAUGAUACUCGUAUCCAUGGUGAAAAUGGUUGGUAUGUACCACAGGAAGAUGGUUCUUUCAAUUGGGUGGAUAUGCAAGAAGCCGAAUCCUAUCUUGAGGCCAUGGAACAAAUUGAUGACUUUGGUUUGACAACCGCCCCUGUUAAAUAUUAUCUGUAUACUAAAUCCAAUCCUACAAAGGGUAAAAAGAUUACUGCUAGCGCAAAAUCCAUUAAAGCCUCCAACUUUAAUCCUGCUCAUCCUACCAGAUUUGUUAUACACGGUUGGACCCAAAGUUGGCUGUCGGGUAUGAACAAAGAUAUACGUGAUGCCUGGUUAAGUGUGGGUGAAUACAAUAUUAUAAUAGUCGACUGGGCUCGUGCUCGUUCGGUUGAUUAUGUUACCUCUGCUUUGGCUGUACCCAAGGUGGGUGAAAAAAUUGCCAACAUGGUUGAUUAUUUGGUCCGAGAACAUGGCAUGUCUUUGGAUACCUUAUAUAUUAUCGGUCAUAGUUUGGGUGCUCAUGUCGCUGGUUAUAGUGGCAAGAAUGUUAUGACCGGUCAAGUUCAUGCCAUUAUAGGUUUGGAUCCUGCCUUACCUUUAUUCAAAUACAAUGAACCCCAUAAACGUUUAAAUAGUACCGAUGCUUUUUAUGUAGAAUCAAUACAAACCAAUGGUGGUAAUUUGGGUUUUUUGAAACCUAUUGGUCGUGGUGCUUUCUAUCCUAAUGGUGGCGAAUCUCAACCAGGCUGUCUUUUGGAUCUUACUGGUGCUUGUUCUCAUGCUCGUUCCUGUACAUAUUAUGCCGAAGCUGUUGCUAAAAAUAAUUUUGCCACAAUGUUUUGUGAAAAUUACAAAGAUGCUGUUGCUAAAAAUUGCGGUGAUAGUUUUAGCUCUGUGCGUUUGGGUUCCGAGAGUAAUGCCUUUAUGAUUGGUGGUAAUUUCUAUGUACCAGUAAACAAAAAGACUCCUUUUGGCAUGUUGUCUUAAAUAGAGGAGUUAAAAGAAUUUUUUGUUUAAAUUAAAUUUUUUGUAUAAUUUUCUUUGUUAUUUGACUGGUUCUUCAAACUUUUUUUUUGUAUCAGACAAAGAAC